CAAGAUGGCGUCUUUCGCAAGGCGUUGGGAUUAUUCGAAUAUUUACAGUCAACUUACGGAAGUAAACGGCUUUAAAACCUGAUUAAAGAGAACUCACAGUUGUUCUUUGUGGAUUACCAAAGGCCUUUGGGAUUAAGGUGCAGUUAAAUUGUGCAAAUCCAGCUGUCGAGUGAUACUACCGUUAUGCCCACACCAUGUCAGGUGGCAUCAGAGUACGUCGUGUAGCAGACCCUACGCCGGUUCAGCGGGGGCCGGCGCCGUUCCCUAGCUACGACGAUUUGACAACUGCCUGGGACAAUCAUGCUGAAGCAAAGAGUGCACUUCGUAGGACAGAAGCCAGGCUACAAAAGGCGGAGUCUUACAGCAACAACGCCUACAGCUCUAGUAGUCAGGAGCCCCGAGGCAUACUGAGCCCCGGCUACAAACAUCACCUGGCUGGCAUGGAGGAUCUGUCAAGAGUCCGGGUACCAGUCGAUAGAGUCCCCUCAAUGGAGAUAGGGAGCAGGCAUCUUAGCCAGUCCUCAAAUCAAUUCAGCCGUUUCAACCACAGCAGAGAUACGACCAGGAAGAGAGUUACAAUAGUUGAUAACCUUGACGCUGACCAAGGUUCGUCCCGUCUCCACUCCCCACCGAGAAACAAGAGAGAACGGUUCGCGGGAGUCGGGAAUCUAGACUCACUGAGCCCGUCCAGGAGUAUCGACAACGCCCAGAUUCACAGGCUGGAGGACCAGCUGAAAUCCCUCUCCAAGACUCUCAAGUCUUCAAACUUUGAAGGCGAUCGAACACGUUCCCAGAGGGACAACUACGGAGUUCGGACGACUGAUAGAGAUUGGGUCAGUGGCUCCUCUCACGUGGAGAGUUACGAUCAACGGACUGCGCCGAAAAUGAACGCUUUGUCUCCAUCCAGCCAGGAGAUUCUGAGUCGGGGAUCAGCUAACAUGUCCAUCGACAACAGCACGGCGGUGCGAGUCCUGAAUGAUUUGCCCUCGAGGCAGCAUCUGGAGCGUGACAGGAACCAGUCGCAGAGGAACUAUGGGUACCGGGAAGAGUACGUCCCCGCCUACGAGCGGCUGUACGGAGCCUGCCCAGGGGAGCGGUCAUCCGAAGGACAGGAGACUUUCAUCAAGGAGGCAGAAUCGGAUGCGAGGGAACGAGAUGCUGUUAGGCAGAGAUUGCGGGAGAGCAGGAAGCUGGCGUCGGGGGGAAGCGCCUCAGAUCACAUGGAGAGACUCCGGGAGAAGGUAGAACAACAGAAAGCAGCUGUAGCCAGCAACAAGCCGGCGGUUUCCGACAGGACGUGGCAUCGGGAGAGCGACCCCGUCGUCCUUCAUGACCUGGACGGAGAAAAGGAUUCCCUCCUGGCUGGCUUCCCACCUUCCACGGGGAAGUCCACAGUCCGUAAAGUUGCUACAGCUCCAGCCGCGCCAGCGUACAAGGGUUUCAGCGAAGUGGAGACCUGCUUCCAGAUGCCAGACGGGAAGGUGGUCACGGAAGACCACCUCACACGGAAAACCAGUCGGAAGACACGAGAAAAGUCAACCGACCGUGGGACGGGGAAAGCGGUGGUUCUGGAAGACCGCGCCUUGAAGCCAAGCAAAGCCCUUCAGCAGCAGAAUAAACCGGAGCAGUUGUCCAGGUCAGGCCGAACUGUUCGAAAGGUUCACAAAGCCCCCAAGGUCCCGGACAAGAGACCUAAGCGGCCUGACCGCAGCAAGGAUAUCAUCUCCACAACUGCGUGGAGAGAGGGUCAGAAGACCGUCUUAAAGAUCCUAGGACCUCCUCCAGAGAAGCCCAAAACAAAGAGUCCAGCUCCCCAUUCGCCCCCAACCCAUGACACGGAAGACCCACCAUCAACUAAAACCCAGGACCAACCAGUCCCUAUGGAAGAGAGAACUAAAGAUGACAUCUCAGAUGCCGAGUUGUCCGAACAUCCUCUUGAAACUGAGGAGAUCAUUGAAGACAAGCGGGAAGCUAGUCCUGCACCUGAUCUGGACAAGCUUCCCUCGGAAGCCAAGAAUGUCCUGGAGGACCUCCAUCUAGACCCUUACAGCGAGGAUGAAAAACCACCACCCAAGCAAAAGGAAUCCAAGACAGCUCCAAAGGCUGCCAAGAAGAAGUCAACCAAGUCAGCUAAGCAAAACCAAGACCCAACAUUCCCGACAGAGCGGGUCCGUCACUACGACACGGACAAUGUCCGCAAGUACAUGGCCAAGCAGAAGGCAGAGCGUCGCCGCAAGCUCCUGGAGGAGAAGAAAGAACGGAAGCUAGCCCAGGAACGGAAGCAAGAGCAACUCCAGGAGCUAAGCAAGAAGCAGAAGGAUAGCGUCCGCUUGAGCCAGAGGGCUCGCAACGUCGUGACAAACAGCCAACUCGGAGAAACCUUCUCCAAAGGACCAACGGAAGAGGUCAACGGUGGUCAACUCAACGGCUUGGAUCAGCUUCCAAGGCACCAUCCCUUUCGUCAAGAUGGCAAGAAGAUGGACGUAACCAGCUCGGACAAGGAGAACAAAAACAUCUGGAGCACCUCCAGCAGCGACAGUAGCACCCAGUCCAGCCUGCCCUCGGACCCGCCCCACAGCCCCUCGGACCAAGCCCUGCCCGCCCAUGCCGAACCGCACGGCAGGAUGCCCGACGAUAACAACACAACGGGCGAGCAGCCGCCGCGACCGACUUCCCCCAUUGGCGUUGUUAUCACGCAGAUGGCUGGGGGCGUGUCUGACCGAGGUCAAGGGCCGGUGGGAGAUGACCCAGUUCAAAGAGCACAGGUCAUGCAGCCAUCCAUCGUUGGACUAGGGCUUUUGAGCAAAGCACCCCUUCCAACUUCGUCAGCCCCCUCCGGAAUCUCAACGGCCACUCGCAGCAAAGCAGACAGGAUCCAGGCCCUCAAGGCAACAGCUGCCGCGUUACAGGGCAAAAUAGACAAUGAAGUCAAGAAACUAACCGGAGACUACCAGCCCCAGGCUGUUCCUUCCCCAGGGGACGCUGACAGGUGGGCUUACCCCUCCGGCACGAGAAUGGCCACCCCGAGCCGCAGUGUGCAUUUCAUUGGGAGCGCCGUUGAAUCGCCAGCGUGGGUGAACGACAGUCCCGAGGUUGGUACCCGGUAUCAGCGCAUGGUUGGGAGCGACAGGGACCAUCGAGUGUUCACCGGUUCCUUGCCUGGUACAGGCUCCCUGUCAGCCCAGGCGCAGCUGGCCCUGGACGUCUCUGACCAAGAGAACGCAGCGACUCGGAUCCAGGCAGCCUACCGCGGCCACAGCGUCAGGCAGAGACUAGACUGGAACUUACCAUCGGGACUGACGCUGGGCGAUGCCGUCAGGGGGAAGACUUCAAACGCUAUACCUGAGGUCCACGUGUCCGGGAUUGAUCGGUCCAUUGGCCAGUGGACCAGUCCACUUCGGGAGAGGGGUGUCAGUGUUGACGAGUCCCUCAGUGAGGGGUCGCUGUCGGACAGCGCAGCAGAGGACAAAGAUUACAUGCCCACGUUCAAGAGCCUACCCGUUACGCACAGUCACGUACACCAGCCACCGCCGGGUACCAGUGGAGUUAGUCCGGUUGCCAUGGAAUCACCCGCCUCGCCGGCUCAUCCAAUCAGCUUGCCACUUCACGGGGCGGAUAAAUGGAAGGACAGUCUGGCGGACGGACUCAGUGUUAUCAACAUCUACACUAGGAAGUACCAGAGCUCCAAUCGAGCAAUUGUGUACGGUCAGCUCCCCGCCGAUUCCUCCCAGCCAGCCCCUAGGGAUUCCUUCAUCGGUUACUCCUACAAUGACGACUUCACGGGCAGCGCCAGCGCCUCCCCCAAAUCACCCCGCUCCAGGCAGGACGACGAGGAGCCCUACUCUGCCGAUUUCACCGCCGGAAGCAGCAGCAAGACCAAGAGUAAAUCAAAGUCCAAGUCGACCACAUCGACUAGCAAGUCCAGCUCCAGGACUACCGACAGUCGCAAGAGGUCGUCAAGGUCAGAGGUCACAGGGCAGACACGGAGCAGGAAGGCGGACGACAACACAUUGGACUUGUCGCCAAUGGAAAGCUUCAGCAGUUCUGGUGACGAUGCUGCUCACCCCAAACGAGUCCCGCGUACUCCGAGCCCGAAAGCCUCUCUCUCCCCGCAUAACACACCCACCGACAAACAAGCCUCCCCCUCUCUCCUAAGUCCCGCCCAGUCCCCGGGCUCCAAAUCGCCGUCCAGCCCCAACAGCACUCUGUCUUCCGGGUCCCUCCCCCGGUCCCCUGCACACCGGUCACCGUCCAGUCGUAGCAAGUCGUCCGGCAGUAGGAGCCAAUCGAAAAGCGGCCGGUCCAAGCGGUCGUCAUCGCGGUCAUCGGACACCAGGACACGCUCGUCCAUUUCCACCAGGUCUUCACUGGCUAAAGGUGCGGGGAACCAGUUUAUGCCGGUCGACGGUGCACCGUCAACAGAAAUCACCGGCGAUAAGGGAUCAGAAAGACCUCUGCCGCGGGGCGUCCUUGAUCCGAGGCAGCUUCACCCUACCGUGACCGCCAAGCCCCCUUUACCUGCCCAGUACUCCCCCGCCGCGCUCAGCCUCAAGAUGGCCUCGGAGCUGAACCUCUUAGAGACCCUGGAGGAAUCGGUCCGGCAGCUGUCGGACCUGGAGCGCACCCGCCACGUCUCCCUGGCGCAGCAGGAGAGCGUGUCGCUGGCCCGGGUGCUGCAGGCCCGGCAGAGAGACCACGAGCGGGAGAUUCAGCUGCUGUCGCUGAAAGCUCGACAGGAGGUUGAGGAGGCUAACAAACAGCUGGAGGUUGUUCGUCAGCGAGCCGUCGAGACCGCAUCUGACGCCGAACGCGUCCUGGCCCAGGCGCGUCGCGAGGCAGCCGACGCCGUCAGCGAUAACGCCCGUCGCUUGAUAGAAUCUCAAGCAGAAGCUGCGAGAGUCACGGCUGAGGCGGCAAAACAGAUGGCAGAGGCGCAUCGGAAUCCGCUGCAGCCACCGGCGCCCAGCUAUGACCCGGGCAAGCUGGCCUCCGACACAGCGACAGCGGCAACCACAGCGGCAGUGACGGCUGCUCUAGAACAGCAGCGACUACAGCAGAUAGAGUUCCUGAAGGAGAUGAAGGGCAGCCUGGCCCCUCCCGCUCCGUCUGUCCACACAAGAUCACUAGGCGUGGGUGACCCAAAAGCCCAUUCCAACCAGCCCAGCUACAACAGCAACAGCAGCAGCAGCGGCAGUAUGAGCAGUCGAUCAGACGGCCCCCGCUCCCCAAAACAGGACUACUCAGAUGACUUCACCGAUUCCCGCUCAAGGCUUCCUAAGUCCCCAACCGCAUCCGAAUCCAUCCGAACGGCAAGCAACGUCUCCACAAAUCAAGAGAAAUCCAGCUCGUCCAUUGCGACAGAGUCCGGCUUUUCUCCAGUCAGGACUGACUACUCUCCUCCGAGCCGACGAAGUAACUCCUCAAUCAAGACCGCCUCGGAUGUUGACGCAACGACUGCAGUCAGGAGCCCUAGUAUUGCUGAGGACAUCCUGGACAACAAGCAGAGCUACUACAGCUCCCCGAGCGAGUCCAGGACCAAGACAUCUUCGAGUCUCACCCCGUCCUCAGCGAGCACCCCUAUCAGAGGCAAAGAAGAAGCCAAGAUCUUCGACAUCCGCCAGUCCGCAACCGGCGACUUAGCCUUCCUGGAUGACUCCUUCCACCUAUCGGCCGAGAUGCUUCGACAACAGCUGCGCGACGAGGAGGUACGGGCCCAACAACAGGGGGCGCUCUUCAAGCUGCGGGAGAAGACGCUUCUAGAGAAGGCCAAAGUGGAGCUGGAGUGGCUGGAGCAUGAGAAGCGACGGCUCAAGGAGAGCGGAGACGCAGAGAAACUGCAGACGGUCCGCAAGAAGCAGCAGGCAUUGGUGGCCAAGGUCCAACAGGAACAGGCGGAGAUUCGACGACUCCGUGCCGCCCAGAAAGCAGCCAGUCACGAGCGCCAACUCUUACUCUUCCAGCAGCAGGAGAUCCUGCGCAUGCGCAAGGCCACCGAGGCCGUCAAGGACCACAUGAAGGACCUGUCCAACAUCUCCAUGAGCUCGUCAGUAGGGGGCGCUCUCAGCGACAACCACGUGGUCGCGGUAUCGCUGGAGUCGCCCUCCUCGCCAGAACUCCCCGAAAUUCUGUCCGACUCCACAUUGGAUAGUCCAACAGGGGUCAAGAAAGUGGGGCCCGGAGAGGGCGCGGGGCCCGGUGAUCAUGAGAAAGAAGGCGGGGCGAAGGGCGGGUUGUCGCCUGCCGAGAAGCAAGCCCAGGUUAUGCUGAAACUAAAGAAGAUGCAGCAGCCUCUGAGCAUGAAGUACCUGACCAAGCGCGAACACCAACUAACCAAGCGCAGACGGAAUGCCGAAGAGUUACUUGCCUGGCAGCGACGCCUGGACGAAGAGGAGUCGCAGAUAGUGAACAUGGAACGCGAGGCCAUGCGACGAUUGGACAACGGCAACGCUAAACCCCGCCCACCAAUGAAAGCACUCCCGCCUCCCAGUCCGAGAGAUGACUCCGCCCCUGAUGACUCCCCUUCCCGGAUCACCUCGGAUGCAAUGACGGACACCAACAGUACCCCUCGGGGGGAGGGGCAAAGAGAUAUCAGUGGGCGGGCGGCAAGCAGCAGCUCCGUGCCCGAAGACAUCAGUCAUGAUAGUAGCGUUCCGGAAGAAGUCAUUUCGGAGGGAUCACAGAAGAUCAGCAGUUCACGGACGGCUUCUGUCGUCAACAACGUCUCCAAUGAUGACACCCUCAAACACACCGACUCCGUCCCCGAGGAGUACGCCAGCGAGUCCUUCGAGUCCGCCGAUCAGACCCUCACGCCCACCAGACCCCCCGCAGCGGCAGCUGCAGUGCCCCAACGCUCCUACCACAGUCCACCGUCUAGUCUGGAGUCGUUCCGGGCGCCGCUGUCCCCCCACCGCAGGAUCAUGGAGUCGGAGAGCGGGUCCGAGUCUGAGAAGUCAUUCUCUCAGACUGUGUCGGAAAUCGCGUCCGACCAGAGCGACAUCGAAGGGCGGGUCAAGGCCCUGGAGUCGGAGCUCCGGAAACGCAAGAUGGAAGCGGACAAGCUGCGCCGUCAGCAGAAACGCAUGCAGCGGGAGAAGCUCAAAGCCCAGGAGGCUAGUCUCAAGAAACAGCUGGAGUCAUACGACAAGCUCAUCGAGAAGACCAAAGCCGAACUCAAGAAUGAAUCGGAGGCCACCGCCAAGACCACAUCCCUGGCCGUCAAACCCCAGAUCAAGCAGCUGCGCAUGUCAGAAGCCCAGCGCCUCAAGGACCGCUCCCACGCCCGCUCCCUGCGCCAACGCACUACCUCCGAUAGUAGCCGGGAGGGCGGGGCCGAGCUGGGAGUCUCACGGAAGCAACGGUCGGUGUCGGAGGGAAGCAUGUCCAGCAGGUCCAGCUUGGAUGAGGAAGCCGGGCCUGGGAGAGAUCACUCCUACACGUCGUUGGGCUCUGUCUUCACCCCACCCACCACGCCACGUCUGGUUGAAGAUAUCACACCACGACCUCCGAAAUCACCAUCGCCAUCACCAUCACCAUCUGCCAAACAGAACAGAAGCAGCGUCUCCUCCAACAUUUCCGAGGAAGUCUUUGACAGAACAUCAAGCAGUACCUCAGAUGAAGACUCCCAGAGGGCAGUAAACGCCGGCCAGAGUCCUGAUGAAUUGUUUCGCCAGAAGCAAGGACCCCAUCAGUCGGAAGAACCAGAGGAACGCAAAGAUUCUUCCGUGGUGUCAGAAGUGUCUGAGGACAUCCCGUCAGCUUACAGUUCAAUUUCAACCACGCCUGAUGCCUCCCAGAAGGAGUCGCCCAGGUCUGACACGGAGAGGGACACUCGGAAAAUGAGCCCAAUCGGGAAGGCUCCCGGGGACGCUGGAGUCACCGUUCAAGAUGUCAGGGGUCAAAGGUCAGACCAAUCCGAAGCUUCGGAUGUCCCUGAGGAGGUCUUCUCUGCAGCGAGCUCGGUUUCGCAAGACUCUGUGAAGUCCGUUUCAAAGAAGAUCGUCUUGGACGAGACCAAACAUUCUCCCGAGACAGACCUAGUAAAGACCGCAGAAAUGCUGGAGAAGAGAUCACCAUCACAAGCAUCAGUUCACUCUGUGGAUGAGCUGUCCCAGAGGAGUGAAAAAUCACACUCCUACUCCAGCUCUGUGAGAUCCUCUCAUCGAUCUAGGACUCAGAGUGAACAAUCAGGAGCUAGCUACAGCGAUGAUUUCUUUGAGUCGUCUGUCUCUAUCGGACUGAGGAACAAGGAGAGUCCCUCAGAAGACACAGAUGACGACAUCAGUGAGCAACUAUCCAUUGCCAGUGAACCCUCUGAGCCAAGUGUGGCGAGCAGCGGGAAGCUAGGAUUCAAUUUGUCGACGGACAAGCUCUCAGUAAAGGCGGCAGAGGAUGACCAAGAGGCUGCUCCCGAAGUGACCAUCUCAGAGAGGGAUGUCAUCGAAGAGCACAAGUCGGAAGCCAUCGGUGAAGAGGAUGACAAAACCCCUGUGGCCUCUCCAGAACAACUUGAGUUCUCCCAAGACUUCACUGGAUACCAAAUCGGAGACCGAGUGACGGUGAGUGGCCAGCACAAGGGAACCCUCCUCUUUAAGGGGUUGACCCAUUUUGCCCCAGGCUGGUGGGGAGGCGUUGAACUUGAUGACCAAAAAGGGACAAAUGAUGGCUCGCUAGAUGGGCACAUCUAUUUCCGCUGCACACCGAGUCAUGGCAUGUUUGUCCCGGCUGACAGAGUAGAGCACCUUGCUCCUGAACCUCAGAGAGCAGAAACAGAACCUGAGCAAGUCUCUUCUGUCAAGGAGGAUCUCCCCAGCGCGGCAUCUGAAGUUUCUGACCCAAGCCAUAGAAAGCUUGUUCAAAGUCUUAAGGACAAGGAGGAAGACAAAUUUGAACGCUCCCUGUUGUCGUCACUCUCUUCCAAGACCCCAUCGGAGUCCAUGAAACCUCUAGCUCAGGUGCUGAAGUCUGAAGCCACUGAUGAUGAUUCAGUUGUUGAGGACCUCUCAGAGCCGAUGACCGAUGAUGCUGCCUUGGCUGCCCUCAUCAACUCGGCGGCAGCUGCAGUGGAGUCUUUCCAUGAGGACGACAUCGAUGAAAUCUUCCCUCCAACUGGGGAUGCUCAGACCCCACGAGGAGCUCCUGAACCAGAAGUCACUUCCUUGCAAUCAAAGGAGCAGCUUGUUGACUCGAUCACAGACCACCUGACAACACUUGUUGUCAGGGACUCUGUGAAGGCAAUAUCAGAGGCAGCCGAGAAGCAGACCUCAAUGGAUGGCAGAAAGGUAGUCGGGGAUGCCAAGAGCCCCUUGAGAAUCACAUCAACAGAGAAGCCGAGCAGCUCUCUGCUUGAAAUGCUUGUCCACGAUGAUGCUGUCACAUCUCCAAGAGAUGAUACAGAGGAAAGGGUAAAAGAACAAGACAAAGUGGAUGAGAAGGAAAACCGAAAGGUUGAGAUCAAAAGAAAGCUCGACUCCACAACCCAGACUCUGCUCAAUGAUGCCAUUACGGACAUGAUGGCCCUCAGAAACAAACGUGCCAAAAGAGACAUAAAUGAGUCUCUGACGAUCAGCAAUGAUGAAAUCAAGUCAGAGAACCUGAGGACUAAGCCUAUGCCAGAAUCACCCAAAUCGCCCUCCCCAGAGACCCCCUGUCCAUCACCGUUUGUGCGAAAUGCCACCCCGUACACACCGGAUAGCGAGAGCCCAGUCCAGCAAGAGGAUACAACACUCGCUGAUGACAUCUUCAUCAACCGCGUCAAGGUGGAGACCAACAACGAGGACUUCAAAGAUCAGGACCAGCUGCCUGUGGCACGGCCAGGAUCUCCCGUCUUCGGGGAGUCCAGCGGGUUCAACCCUGAGGCCCUCAGUGAGAAGCUAGAGCAGAUGCAACAGCUCGGACAAGACAUCUUUGAGGGGGAUCUCUUCGGGGAACAAGAGUGGUUUGAUGAUGACUUUGGCUCCAUGCCCAAGAGCAAGAGCAUCAUUCAGGUGCCGGUCCGGAACCAGGAAACUCCAGUGCCCUCCCUGCCAAGUCCCGGAACCCCAGAGCCAAGCAGGUUAGACCUGACUAGGAUCACCCAGGAACCCUUCUACGCAGUGCCACACAACCGUAAGGAUAUGAAAUCCCUAGUGGACCAGUCCGUCCGAGUCUUUCACGAGAAGGUCGUCCAAGGAGAGAGGACAGUCUUCCUCUCACCACCAGUAGAGAUCAUGGGGGAGGACACCCAGGGUUCAGACAUUGAGAGCACAAGCCGGAAGUCCUACAAGCGGCUUGUCUUUGACCUGGUUGGUGAAGCCUACCAGGACAUCACUUCGGAGCAAGAGCAGAGCGAGCAGCUCCCCUGGACCAAGACCAAACGGAGACCCCGCAAGUACUUCUUUGACAGGCCUCCCAGGGAGCUCCCGGACAUAGCCCAGGUUGUAGAGGACCGGGCUCUGUUUGUAGCCGGCCUGACUGGCCGGCCCAAGUUGGACCCGACACUGAACCGCUACGGGAAGAAGAAGAAGGACCACGUUGAUGAGAUUCUGACCUUGGAGCUGCGGGAGGAGGAGCAAGAGUGGGUGAACUACGACGACGACGAGUUGGCCGUCAAGAUGCAGCUGACCGAGGCCAUCUUUGAUUCGCUGCUGAUUGACACAGCUAUGGUGUUGAGCAGGAUUCAGGACAAACGACGGGCGCGGAUGGGUCCGCCAGAGCCGGAAAUUGAGUUUUGAACAAACACAAGGUGAAAGACAAAUUAUGAAACAGAACACAAACAGGCAUUUGCCUUUAAAAAAAAUGUUUCUGUUGUUCAUACAGACGUUUCAAACCUACAAAGAUUCAAAACACAAUCAUUUAAAGGAUAUCGCUAUUGACUUGAUAAGGAGACAAAUGAGUACACAAACUCGGAUGAAAGUGCAAGUUAGAGAAAGAGUGCAUUUAAUACAUUGGUAAUGGCACAUUUAAAGCUUUAGAAGAAAUUAAAGAAAUGAAGAUAUUGGUACAAAAAGGCUUUGCCCUUCAAGGCUGUGGUAUAUUAAAGAAAAUAGUUGUACUUUUAAAAAGAAGCGUCAAGGUUUAUUAGAUUAAAAUGCAGCAGUCAGUAUCAAGGAGAAACGUGAAGCUAAUGAGAGAUGCACUUUAAAACUCCUACGCUUCCAACAUGUCGUGCAAGAUAAAAAAAUCUUCCAAAAAUCGUAGCCUUUUCGGCAGUUGCGCCUGCAGCAAACAAAACGUGGUCUUCUCUCAAAAUCAUGCAACUUCCGGGGCACAGUGAAAAAAAGUAGCAUACAAAGGCAAAAUUCUCUUCAUCUUUGAAAUAGAUGUCAUAUGAACAAAUUUUAAAAAAAGAAAUGCAAAUGUGACCGAAAAGCGAUAUUCCAAGUAAUUUUGUGGAUGGUUGGUAUGUACAAACGCAGUGUAAAUUUUCCUCUAUUACUGAAAAUGACGACUUGUACAUUACUGUAAGUGCUCUUUGGCCAAUUUCAUUUUGUAAAAAAAAAAGAA